AUGCGAUCCGUCUCGAGCACGAGCACCCUGGAUAUGAAGCCUAUGCAUCGUGCAUGGAUCAAGCCCCCCUAUAUCGCGCCAUUCUUCUUCUCCUUGGGUAGUUACUCGUUACAUGGAGAAAUUCAUCGAGAAACCCUUGAAGUUGCAUAUGAACUACGAAUGCGGGUCGGGAACAUGCGACUAUCUGGUCAUUUGGCUGUUGGUAGUGGUAAUCUCAAAUCUGGCCUUGAAACAUUAAACUGGGACGCAAAAGCCGCCACGGGAUCACUCAGGCUGUUUAUUGAGCAGGAAGACGAGCUUUGGAUUGAGAUUUGUUCAGAAUCCAAGGCCCAUGGCUUCAUUGCCGCUGAAGAUGUUGGAGCGGCGAAUGGCAAGUACAUGAUUGGAAACAUUGAGAUUUGGGAUGAUUAA